CCCUGUCGUGAAUAAGGGGUAAAUUAACGGAUAGUGAUGCCCCUGGAUGCCGGUUCGAUUCGGGAGAAAGUUGGCUCCUGUAUCGUGUAUAUGCGAGCGCGCGCUCGCGCCGGUUUACAUACAUAUUCUGUAUAUAUAGAGACGUGCAUACUUCCGGUCUUAAUCAAAUAAUCCCGACGGAACCGAUCAUUGGCCAUUCGCUAAGCGUUGUCAGAUAUAUAUGUUCAUUUGUCUACAUAUAAGACUGUAUUUCUUUACCAGCGUAAUGCACAUCCAUUUUGUCUUUGUUAUGCGGUCAUGCGUGCUGCCGGAAACUUUGAGAUGCCGGGAGUAAAGAUGCCGGUAGAGGAAUGCUGUAACAAUACAGCUGAUGUAACCAGGAACAGUUGAUUACAUUUUUGAACAAUCACUGUCGCAAUUGCACUCCUCCCGCACCAUGCUGCAUAUUUAUACGCAUACCUAUUCGGUACAGCUAACGGCUAAUUUCCUGUGCCUGAGCGUAUUUACGGUGUACGCUAUUGAUUUUGAGUAUUAUGACAACGAUAAAGCGGAAACGAUUAAUCCCUACAAGUUUGGAUUUACUCAUCUCUUUGCGCCACUUAAAGUUGAUAAACCCUUCUGUCCGUUCUUUGAUAAUCGCAGUCCACAACGACAACCGGGAUUACGCAAUUGUACUUGGUAUAGAGAGAAUGCUUGCUGCCGGCAAGGAGAGCUGGAGUCCAUCUUUAAGAAAGUUAAACCCUUGCAAGGAGCAUCGGACAACUGUAUACGGCAGCUCAAUUACAUGAUUUGUUGGGUCUGCGAUCCAACACAACACAUUUUUUAUUUCAAUGGAUGGCAUCAGCUCAUCAUGUGUGGUUCAUUUUGUAACACUGUGCUGGACGCCUGCAAAGACGCCAGAUUAAAAGGUGAUUUAGUGGGAAUGCUGUAUCCCACCGGAGCAGAAUUCUGUCGGAGUCGGCGAUUUCUUGUGGCGACCGAUAACCGGAACUGCUUCACGUACACCGGAGGCGGUGGCUAUCCCAUCGGUGACACACGUGGCAGUGGACAUGCCGGAUCGUCAAGUUCUUCCUUACGAAUGCCGUGCCUUACUGUUUCUUUAGGCCUUGGAUUAAUAAUACCUUGGUUAUUAUACUACUUGCAUUUCAACAUGCAGAUAUGAUAUUGUUUGUAUACUUAAAAAUACCAGGAAUAGAUCAGUGACCAAGUGUGCUUUUUAUUAUUUUCAAUUUUUGAAUAAGCUGAUCGGUAUUGCGUACUUCCGUAUCAUGCAAUAAUGUACAAUAAAUAAUUCUGCCUUUAAUUUAAAUGGGUAUUUGAAAUUGCGUAAGUAAGAGGUUCGGCUUAUUCUGACUGUGUUAAUAUUUAA